CGUACUAGCCAGGGUGCCAAGUAAAUUUGAUGGAAAUAUAACGAAAGUAGGUACAUUUUUUCAUAAUAUAUAACAGUCAAUGCUUAAAACGUCAGCAUGGCUUUACAUCGUUGUUAUGGCACAGGAAAUUCAGAUCUACUACAGUACCUUCAAAGAAAAGGGAUACUGAAAACCUACAAGGUAUUCAAUACAAUGAGUCAAGUAGACAGAGGGAAAUAUGUAUGUUCUGGCAAUGCAUACAUGGAUGCACCUGCUUCUAUUGGCUAUGGUGCUACCAUUAGUGCUCCUCACAUGCAUGCUCAUGCUCUGGAACACUUAGCAGAUAAAUUGCAAGAUGGAGGUAAAGUUUUAGAUGUUGGGUUUGGUUCCGGGUAUUUGACAGUGUGCUUGGCAUUAAUGGUUGGUCCAAAAGGUGUUUCUGUUGGAAUUGAACAUAUACCUCAACUCAAGGAAAUUGCAACAAAAAAUAUUGAGAAUGACCAUCCUGAACUUUUGGAAACGGGCAAAGUUGAAUUAGUUGUCGGUGAUGGUAGAUUAGGUUAUCUGCCCCAGGCACCAUAUGAUGCCAUCCAUGUUGGAGCAGCAGCACCAGAAGUUCCCGAAAAUCUUAUUAGUCAAUUGGCUCUUGGAGGUCGCAUGAUUAUACCAAUUGGAAGUAGUGGUGACCAGAUGCUGUAUCAAAUAGAUAAAACAAUUGAUGGAACAAUUCACAAACAGUCGUUGAUGGGAGUUAUAUAUGUUCCCCUAACUGACAAAGAGUAUCAAAUAAGCAAAUCAUAAAUGUGCGCAAAAUGUAAUUUGUAUAAUAAAUUAACUGGUGGUUUCAA